AUGUAUGUGUAUUUAAUAAUCUACUAAGUAAUCUUAAAUAUUCUAUAUCGCAUUUUACCUUGUUAUUCAUGUUAAAUAAGACAUAAUUUUACUAAACCUGAACCAAAUUGUUAUGGAGGAGGUAGAUAUUGUUGUAAUCAAUUUUUAAUCAAUCAUAGAAUUUUCUACAUAUGCUAAUGGACAAUUGUUACUCAAAGAAAUCAUUAGAUAAAAAUGUUUAUUUAUUAAGGAUGUUUCCUUAUUUCUUAGCUAUAUUAAUUAUUUUUAGUAAGAUUGUUUAGAUAAUCCAGAUUAUGCAUUUUGUUCAAAAUAAAUUUUGGAAUAAAAGCUUCUUAAUAAUGAUACCAUUGAAAUUAAUUAAUGCAUUAAUGAUAGCUUUUUAGGAGAAGGAGAUUAAGCUUUGCUUGAAAAUUUCAUAUUGGCUUAGGAAAUGAAAUAAUAAUAUAAUUAGAGUANUUUCAAUACAAAAGUUGAUGAAAUACUUAUAUUUUAAGCUAAGUUCUUGUAUCUCAUAUUUCUUACUUUUACUGUAAAUAGAUAAAGAAAAGGUUAGGCAUUAUUUAGAAAGACCCCUAGGAGAUAAAGGAGGAUUUAAAUUAUUCCAAAUAUCAGAUAAUAAUAAAACCUUUAUAAAUCAUUGUUCAUGUUAAUUUCAGACCUCCAAUUAUAAAAUUUUGUCUUGUAUUUCCAUCAGGAUUAAUUGAUCCUUGAACAUAAUAUUUUUGAGAUUAGAUUAAGAGAAAUUAAAGUAGAAACUGGAUAUUGUGCUCAGAUAGGAGAAUAUCAAUAUAAUAGAGUAUUUAAAAGAAAUGAUCCAUUGGAAUCUACAGAGUUUAGACUGUCUGUUUUGCUGAUAUGGAUGGUGACUCAUAAAUUCAUAUUUAAUCCUCAAUAACAUUUGAAAUCAGAUGAAAAUAUUAUAAUUUACAAAUUUAACAUCAAACAUACUUUAGCUAAUGAAAUUACACAAUGA